CAGCAAAAAACAUUUUAAGGUUUAGAAACCGCGAAUCCAAAUUCCGUAAAUACUUGGAAAAUUUAAGGCUUAAUUCGCAUAGCAUUGCUACUUGUCUUCUAGUGUAUAAAAAUUUGAUUGGUAAAUUUUUUUUAGCAUUAUUUGAUAAGAAAAUUUGGUAAUAAAAUAGAAUCUAGUUAUCAACGUUCGAGGUUCAUUCCAAUUCUUUGUUAAGUUCAAUCUUGCUAGUUAAAUAAAUAGGUGAUGCUUGGAGACGAAAAUGUUGCAACCAGUAAUGCAUGUUUUGAAAGCUAAGAAAAUUGUGCUAGCCAGUGCAUCACCGCGACGCGCUGAACUUAUUGAAAACAUCGGACUCAAAGUUAGUUUAUGCCCAUCAUUAUUUGAAGAAAACUUAGUCCCGAAUGAGUUCAGCAAAUUUUCAGAUUUUGUUGAGGAGACAGCCCUUCACAAAGUUCUGGAGGUAGAAAAGCGUUUGACAGGAAUGGGCUCUGCUCCAGAUAUUAUUAUUGGUGCUGAUACAAUGGUGACACUGGAUGGCGAAAUGUUUGGAAAACCUACUUCAGAAGCUGAAGCAUUUGUAAUGCUGUCAAGAUUAUCAGGACGCUCACAUACUGUGUACACAGGAGUGGUUGUGAAGACGGGAGAAGAGAUUGUAAAAUUCACUGAGUCUACUGAUGUUCAGUUUGGUGAAUUAGAUGAACAACAAAUCAGAGGGUACAUUGAUACGGGAGAGCCUAUGGAUAAAGCUGGAGGUUAUGGCAUCCAAGGCGUUGGAGGAACCUUUGUGGAGCGAGUUGAAGGAGAUUAUUUCACUGUAGUUGGCCUACCAUUAUACAGACUAUGCUCUGUACUUUACAAAAUGCAUAAACAUUUAAUAUAAAUACCAUAAUAGUACAAAUAGCCUCUAUGGUUCGUUAAAUCAUAGAAAACAACGUAAGAACAAAUAAAAUAUAGUAUCACUAUUUAUUUUAAAAUUACAUUCCUUUGGUUGUUUUAUGAUAAUUGAGAUAUCUAUUAUAUUUAUGUUUUCUUUAAUACUAUGUUGGGAGCUGUAUUAUCCUAACUAGGACACGAAAAAAAAAGGUAUGGUCGAAACAAGAUCCAUGGGCUAUUUUUUUUAAUUAAAUGUAAAAUAUCGAACGUAAGCCUUCUUAAAGUUUAUUAGAACAUUUUAAGAUAGGCUAAACAGUCGAAUAACUAAUUAAUGCCGACGCAUGGAUUCACUAGUCAAUAGCACGAGGUGAUAUAGAUAUAUUAAAAAAAAACUUGAA